UAUUAAUUUCAUUAGAUGAAUGAUUCUAUAUUAUUAGCCUGAAAUAGAAAAUAAAUAACUAUCCGUGAAAAUACAUUUACGGGUGCACCCCAAAGCAGAAAAGUGAGUUAAUUGAAGAAGUAUUCGCCCACAUAUUUUAGAUUAGCGCUUUUGCAAUGGCUAUGUGUCGAGCGUGUGGUGAUGAGUUUUCAGCAGACCGGCAAAAACAUUAUCAGAACUUACAAAAAUAUUCCGAUAUAUACUUCAAUUUGACAUCAAUUAAGUUAUUGCCAGACGAAGAUCCCGCUCGGCAGCGAAUAUGCAAUGUUUGUCAUCUGAAGCUAAUAGAAUUCAAUCAAUUCCGCACCGUUUGUUUACAGGUUCAUUACAAGCUUACUGUGGUGAAAACUGAAAAUGAGAUUGAUAUUUCGGAACCCACUGUGGGAGAAAAUGAACCAGUUGUGGAGAUGCUCAAAGUUGAGUCCAUGGAUACUCCAGAUGAAAUUUCGACCUCAGUUCAUAAAUUUGAAGUUGAAAUGCAUUCAACUGAUAAGCAAACGCCAGAGCAAAAGCAAAUCUCGUCGACAAGUGACAACAGUGAUAUAGAUUCUGAAAAACUAAUCGAACCGACAGCGAGAAAAAGAAAAAAGAGAUCUAAGAAAUGCGAAGAAUCUAACAGUAAAGAUCAAUUGAUCGAUUGCAAGCUUUGCCCGAAAAAAUUUCGUUCUGAGGCCCGUCUGGCCGGUCAUAUGCGCACGCAUCAGGGUCUAAAACCAGCGCUUUGCACUUACUGUGGAAAAGAUUUUCAGAAGUAUAUCAGUCUGAAGUUUCACAUUCAACAGAAGCACUCGGAUAAACAACUAAAAUAUCCAUGUGAUUAUCCCGGUUGUGAGCAUGUUUACUCGACUAAGCAGGGCAUGACCAACCAUAAAAAAAGGCACGAUCCGAAUUUUGUUAUGCCGGAACCGAAGCACAGUGUGUGUGAUCAAUGCGGAAAAACGUUUUCCACAGGCGGAGCUUUGAAGAAACACAGCUAUAUACAUACCGGCGAUAUGCCGUUCGAAUGUAAGGUGUGCAAAAGAAGACUUCCUACGGCACACAAAUUGAAGGAACAUACGAUGAGACACGAGGGAAUUAAGAAUCACGUUUGUCCGUACUGUGGCCAAAAGAAGACAACCCGGCAUGAAUUGAAGGUCCAUAUGAAUUACCACACUCGAGAGAAACAAUUUACCUGCCACGUGUGUGCUCAAGUUUUUUCCAAUAUAGGCAAUAUGAGUCGGCAUAUAAAAAUCGUACACUGUGGAAUUAAAGCGUUCCCUUGUACUUUCUGCGAUCGGUCCUUUGGCAAAGCUGAAACAUUAAAGCACCACAUUAUGACACACACGGGCGAAAAACCACAUGAAUGUACGGUUUGCGGUAAACGAUUCAUCCAACAAGUGGCUCUGCAAACGCAUAUGAAAACACAUCGGAAGCAAGAACGCUUACAGUCUACGAUGGAUCCUACAACAGCCACACCGUCGCAACAACAGCAUGCCCAGUUGCUGCAAUCUGCUAUUCCACCAAUGACGCAUAUAUCAGUACCACAGCAGCAGAGCUCUCAACACUCAUCAGCUGACACCUCGCCCGUCUGUUUAGGUGGUUUUAUUAACUAGAACGAUCCUAUCUUGAAAUACAUCUAUGCUUUAAAGAAGUCUGUUAAAACCCUUUAUUAUUC